AUGAGGGAAACAUUGGAUAAAAUGAUUGCAGAUUUAGAGAGACAGGGCAUAAUUGAAAAAUGCCAAAGUCCAUAUAAUUCCCCAUGCUUUUUAGUACCCAAAAAGCGAGAAGACAGCGACGCAAUCGAACCAAGAUUAGUGUGUGAUCACAAAAAGCUGAACGCAGUUACUGAAAUCAAUCAUUUUCCUAUCCCUCUAAUUGACGACAUUCUGAACAGUUUGCAUGGAGCAAAAAUUUUCACUACAUUGGAUAUUAAGGGCGCGUAUUACCAAAUCGUUAUGGACGUGAAUUCAAGAGAUUUAACCGCCUUCACAGCUGGAAAAUAUCAAUACAGAUGGUGUAGAAUGCCGAUGGGACUGGGAACAUCAGCUCAGACCUGGCAAUACACAAUCAACAUUAUUUUGAGUGACCUAAUUGGACAUGGAAUUUAUGUCUAUUUGGAUGAUGUACUGAUAUACGCACCAACGCAGGAGGAACAUGAUAAACUUUUGAGAGAGGUCUUGGAAAGGUUGAGGAAAUUUUCAUUCCAGUUGAAAAUAUCGAAGUGUAAGUUUUACGUUAGGAAGUUUGAAUAUUUAGGUCACAUUGUUUCGGAGCAUGGAAUGUCACCGAAUCCGAGAAAUGUUGCAGCAAUAGUAAAUUACCCAAUUCCAAAGACACUGAAGGCAAUACAGAGCUUCUUGGGGAUGUGUGGUUAUUACCGAAAAUACGUUCAGGAUUAUGCCCAAAUAGCAAAACCGAUAACAAUGCUUACGAAGAAUGGUAUGAAAAUUAUCUGGACGCCAAACUGCAAUGAAGCGUUUGAGAAAUUGAAACACAUUCUGGCAAGCGAUGUGACGCUAAAAUUUCCGGAUUUUCAAAAACUAUUCUACGUAACAACGGACGCGAGCGACGUUUCGAUCUCAGGUGUCAUUUCCCAGGGUGAUCCACCUGAUGAUCGACCAGAUGUAAAUUCGAGACUUUUUAGACAAAGAUUGAAAUUAAUGAGCUACAAUUUCAAAGUGAUACAUAAACCAGGUAGACAGAACGUAGUAGCCGAUGCGUUAUCCAGGAUUUCACUGGAAGAGGCAAAAUCCAUAGAUGAGAUUCUGGAAGAAAACAAUUUGAAAUCAAUGCUGGCAGUAAUGGAACAAGAAGAUAUGGGAAGUACUGUGAAUGUUGCCAAUAUCAAUUUUGAAAAUGGAAUAACCUUUUCGACUGCAGAUUUUGACGCAUGUUUCUAUUUGGUGAGCUCUGCUGAAAGCGAAAUGUUCAAGCGGAUAACGGGAAAAUUCGAGGAUUUAACGUUAAAACUGCAAUGGCAAGAAGUCGACGAACGACAUAAAAGACUACGUCUCAGCAUGCGAAAUAUGCGAAAAACAAAAACAUCGACAAACACGCGAACACCGAUGCAAAUAACAUCAACUGGAAAUUCAUUAUUCGAUCAUACAUACAUGGACUUUGUUGGCCCAUUACCAGAAACAGAAGGGGUGGCAAUACCAACUAAAGAUUGUACGGCACAAGUAACGGCAGAAUGCCUAUUGGAACAUGUUAUACUACGAUACAAUUUUCCAUCAAUAUUAUCGUCAGAUAACGCGAAGGGUUUUCAUGCUAAAGUUUUGAAGAAGGUGAAUUCACUUUUAUCAAUAAAAAGAACCUUCAGCACGCCGUAUCAUCCAUCUUCGAACAUAGUAGAGAGACAACAUCGUACUUUAAAUGCGUAUCUGAGGGCGUAUUCCGAAGAAAACGAUGUACUCUGGGACAAACAAUUGAAAUAUGGGACCUUUGUUUACAAUAACACCGUACACUCGACAACGGGAUUCACGCCACAUGAGCUGGCGCAUGGAUUCACUAUUCAAAUACCAACUUCGAUUUCGAGAUACCGUGGACCGUUCAAUUAUGAUGAUUUAGCCGGAGAAGUCCGAGCAAAAAUCAAACAGGCCAUAGAAAUGGCGAAGGAAAAAUUGACGAAGCGGAAAAUAACGAACAAAAGAAAUUAUGAUCGAAACACAAAUCCAAUCGAUGUACACGUUGGAGACUUGAUUUUGAUGAAAAAUUUCAAUAAAUCGAAUAAAUUUGAUAAUGUUUAUGAAGGUCCAUUCAGAGUGAUUGAAGUUCAGGAAAACUAUGUGACAAUAAUGAAGAAAAAUAAACCAAUAAAAGUGAAUAAAGACCACAUAAAAAUCUCUAAAGCCACGCACGCAAACCCACCACCAGAGGUUUUUCCAGUAAUUGAACCAACUGAAGAGGAUUUGCUCGAUUUGUUUAGCUAA